AAAAAACAGAUUCAUCAGAUAACUCAAAAAUAAAAAUAAAAAUAGAAAGAAAAAAAGACACAUCAAACACAUUUAUAUAUAUAUUACAUUUAUCUGUUGCAGCAGAGAAAUUUAAUUAUUACUAUGGCGUUUGAUGAAGAUAUGAAAAUGGCGUCUUUCUUAAGAGAAGAAGAAGAAGAAGAACAUCACUACUCGUUGUCAAGACUCUCCGUAUGUUCCAACUACGACGGAGACGAAGCCGACGACGAACCUUCCGAUUCCGACGAGAAACGUAUCGGCGGCGGCGGAGGAGAUAAGUCUAUGGAGGAGCUAAAUUUUUCAGAUUCUGACAAAGGUUCAACCGGUUGUCAAUCUCUUCCGGCGACACCUCCAAGACAGAGACGACGGCGAGGAGGAGGAUAUCUAGCGGCGAGUUCUCCUGUUUCCGGGGAUAAAGCUUACGCUAGCGAGAACGAAGUUCGAAAGGAGAACAAGGAUCAGAGGAGGAGGAGGAGGUUGAGAAGACCGGAGUAUCCACCGUGGGUUGAUAGUAUGAGGAGGAGUGCUUAUGUCGGAGAAGAACAGAGUGGUCACGGAGGAGGAGUGGUGGUAGUGACGAGGCCGAUAGGAGGAGGGAGGCCAUUGUGUAUGGAUUUAGGAGAAGUCAAAGCUUGUAAAGAUUUAGGAUUUGAGCUUGAACCGGGUCGGGUUUCGUAUUCCGGGUCAACCAUGGAUACUAGUAGUGGCGGCAAUUCUCCUAUCUCUUCCAACCACCGCAUUUCGAGUCCUGGGGAUGAUCCAAAAGACGUGAAAGCGAGGCUUAAGGCGUGGGCUCAAGCUGUUGCUUUUGUGUCCACUACUCACCAUCAACCUCCUUAUGAACUAUGAUGAUAUGAUCACUCGCAUUCACAUUUUUCCACUUCAGGAACAUGAGGAAAAAAAAAGAAAAAAACUUCCAAACAAUUUCGAGUUGCAUUUUGAAAAAUUCUUUUUUGGUUUUUCUUAAAUUU